AUCCCCCAAAAUUAACCUCACAAAUAAUGUCAUGGACACUUGGACAUCAACUGUUUUUAAAUGCGUCUUUUUUGUUAGACUAUAGAGUGGGGUUAGCACUAUUCACUGGGUUGAGAACAGAAAUCCUACUUUCUAGCUGCUUUGAACGCAUCUCCACCACCUUGGGAAACAGGGUGUUGUCAAGACAACAGGUAAACUCUGGCCCGAGUAGACAUGGCGGAGGUGCUGAAAAUAAAAAGUGAGGUCGAAGAGUUUCAAAGGGAAUUCUUCCACAGAAACAGUCAAGCUGAGGAGAACAGACAGAAGGAAAACCAGGCAGCCACCCGGAUUCAGAGCUGGUUCAGAGCCUGCAAGGUGCGGGCGUAUCUCAGGUAUAAUGUGUAUGUGUGCCAUCUGCACAAGAAGGCAAUCAUUAUACAGAAGAUAUGGCGGGGCUUCACAGCAAGGGCACGUUUCAGACAAAUGGUGAAGGCGGCAUAUUUUAUCAUGAAGAUGAAUUUCUACGAGGAGAUGGCGGUCAGGAUCCAGCGGAGAUGGAGAGGAUUCUUUGUGAGAAAGUAUAUUCAUAAUUUCUACGCACGCAAGAGCUAUCUGGAAGCACUCUCCAGGAAAAAUGAACUUGUCAGGAGGGAGCUGGAUGAACUUGAGGAACUCCAGAAGAGAGAGAGAGACUGUCUGGAGAUGGUGAAAGAGUACGCAGUCAAUGUCUACCAAGCUCACCGAUUACACCACCUCAUCAGUACGAAGCAGUGCCCAGGGGUUUUCAACUCUCCAUUCAAGCCAGCCCCCCAUGAGAUGGAACAACUGCUGAGGCAGGUCAAGUACCAGACCCCUACUAGACUGGCCCCGAGAGGCAAGGCUUGUCUCUUAGGCAUGCCUCGCCCAACAGCCCCCAGUUUCCCUGGGACUCCUGGAUCCCCAUGGAUGAAAACCACUAGAACCUGCAACUCCUACAGGCCCAUAUUGCCCCCGAUUUCCAGCAAGAAACAGCAGGGUCUGUUUAGAGAACCGGGGGAAGUGUGGGAGCAACGCGUGCAUUGUCCUGACCUGACGUUGCGUCUGCAGACCUCUUACACACACCUGGAGGAGGCCCAGAAUCAGCUACGACGACAUAAGUCUAGGAACAGGAAGUACACUCCACCAUCUGAGCCACAGCAGCAGUUCCUUUGCUCAGCCAGCCUACACCAAGAACUUCAGAUAGUAGAUUACACACUGACUCCAAGAGGAGCUGUUCAAGACAGUGUUCACCACCUACAACGUCUUUGAUACGUUUCCUCCUGUGUACUCCAAGUCAGGCACUCCAAGAAUGACACACCUCCUCCUGGCCUGAGAAAAUGAAGAGAAGUACAAAUAAAGCAAAGAUUUAUUGUA